AUGCUAUUUUGCAAGAAGUUAAAACCCUCGACCAAACCUACCUUAGGGUCUGAGGAUUCUCAGGGCAUCCCUCAUAGAUUGAUGUUCGCCAUUGAAAAUUCAUCGAUGGAUGUACCUACUAAUCACAUCGAGAACUCCAAUUCAGGUGCGCAGCCUAAUAAACGCAGGAGAAAGAAGUCCAAAGUCUGGGACCAUUUCACAAUUGUAACUGUUAAUGCUGAUAUCAGGGCCUGCUGUAAUCAAUGCAAUAAAUUAUUUGCUUAUAUAUCAGGUUCAAAAUUAGCAGGCACCAGUCACCUGAAACGCCAUAUUUUCUUGGGGAUCUGCCCUGUGAGCCAGUGUAAUCAAGAGAAAAAUCAACUCGGUAUAUACAAACCAGAUACAAAAUCUGAUGUUUCUGGAAAUGGUACAGUACAACAAAAAAAGCGUCUCCGGGCUACCUCUGGACCAGCUAGACGAGUUAGCCUUACUCUGGAUUUGUGGACAUCAGACCAAAGGGUGUCCUAUGGACUCCUGACGGGACACUUCAUUGGCUGCGAUUGGAAACUGUAUAGGCGGAUCUUCAAUGUCGUAAUGUUACCAUCUCCUGAUUCCGAAACUGCCUUUGAUCAAGCUGUCGCUGCUUCUCUAAAUGAUUGGAGUUCUGAAAGCAAGCUAUUUACCGUCACUCUUGAUCAAUCCCAUGCAAAUGAAAAUGCAAAGAGAAAUCUUAGAGGCCUCCUGUCAAUCAAGAACUCCCGCAUUCUCAAUGGACAGCUAUUAAUUAACAGUUGUUAUGCUUGUACUUUGACGAGGAUUGCACAAGAUGCAUUAGGGUUUAUUCGGGAAACUGUUGAGAAGGUUCGUGACAGUGUUAAGUACGUGAAGACUUCAGAAGCUCGUGAAGAAAGAUUCAUGAAACUGAAACAACAGCUUCAACUAGAACUGAUGCAUGCUGCUUCGAGCCCAGAUCUCUUUGUCAGCAGCCUUACUAAACCUUUGCACGAGAAAUUCACCAGAUAUUGGGAGGACUGCAACCUAGUCUUGGCAGUUGCUGUAGUUAUGGACCCCAGGUUGAAAAUGAAGCUCGUGGAAUUCAGCUUCCCCAGAAUCUACGGUGAGGAUGCAGACAAUUGGAUCAAGAUCAUUGAUGAAGAUGUGCAUGAACUUUAUCUCGAGUACAUUGUGCAAUGCCUUCCUCCACCGACUUUUAUAGAAGAAGGAAACGAGGCUGUUGUAAAAAUAGAGAUACCUCAAGACGACGGUCUUCUUCCUAAUGAUAAAAUUUCACUCGAACUUGAGUUAGCUCAUUCUCCCGAGAUGCAUGGAGACAUAGCAAUGAACUGA